AUGGUGUUGUCUAUUGACGUGUCAUACUUUGUGGCUUGCUCUCGAAUUUUUCGUGGUCAGAGCCCGCCCGCGGCCACGAGCAGGCUCUUUGGGAGCAGAAUCAAUGCCGAGGAUGACAUUAUGCCCAAAGUGACCUCUGAGAGCGCGAGCGGGCGUGGUUUGAUCAAUUUGAUGCUGUUUUCAAAAAUUUCGUUCUCGCUGUUGUUGAUGUUUUCCCGUCGGUCCUGUCCCAGGACCGCUUAUCGUCCGUCGGUCCUGCUUAUCGUCACGUGA